AAUUACGGCUAUGAAGAAACUGUAAAAUUAAAUAUAGAGUCGCUGGAGCCACCUUGCGACCCUUCCUGGGAACUGCAUGUCUUCAUUGUGACACCAGAAACUUCCCCAGAGCCCAUCAGUCAGAGAUCCAUUCUCAAGAAUUUAUGGGAAACGCAACCACACAAAAUUACAUUCCCUCUUUCAACACCCAGAAAGAUGGGAAUAAAGGAGUUUUUAAGUAUAAUUCUACAAAGACCGGGAAAAAAAAAAAAGGCAAGAGAUCUGUGAGAAUUAAAAAAUUUACACAAAAAUUGACCUGUGUUUUAGGUGGGAGAUAGAAAACAGCUAACUCUUCUAGGGAAGAAAUUACAAUCUAAGUGUUGCUUGUCAAUAAAAAGCAGAUUUUUUCUGGAUCCCACAAGUUGCGGUAGGUACAGGACUACAGAGAAGAUAAACAUGUGGCAAUGGGUUAAAAAUGGGGAUGAGUAGAAAGUCUGUAUAUGAAAUGAUGGGAUCCUGAGGUGUCCAUGCUCACCCCUCACAGCCAGAUGUUGCUACCACCCUUCCUAGAGGCUUCUUAUGGGCAGAAAUGGAGUGACAGAGCCUCCAGACUUGAGGUCACAGGGUGUGGGGAAAAGUGGGGAUGAAUCAUAGGGUCAAACACCAGGACUUUUGUGAACAUCUGCAUCUUGAAUGAUGAGCUCCUCUCAGAUUCUUUCCUUCCUUAUCCCUUCCCUCUCCCAGAAUUUUGGCAGCCAGGCCGAAAAUUAGGAAUGACCUCUCUGGAAACCUGGCCCGAGAGAAAAGACUCACAAAUGCUGUCUGCUGGAGGUUUGCUAACUAAAAGGGGAGUAUGCUGAGGGCGUCAGUGAGCGAGACAUCCUGCUCAUUCAUUCCUGCCGCCAGUGGACCACGGUGACAGCCCACACCCUGGAGGAGGGCCACUACGUCAUCGGGCCCAAGAUUGACAUCCCCCUGCAGUACCCAGGGAAGUUCAAGCUCCUGGAGCAGGCCCGGGAUGUUCGGGAGCCCGUGAGGUACUUCAGCAGCGUGGAGGAGGUGGCCAGCGUCUUUCCUGAUCGCAUCUUUGUGAUGGAAGCCAUCACCUUCAGUGUCAAGGUGGUGUCAGGGGAGUUCAGCGAGGACAGCGAGGUGUACAACUUCACGCUGCACGCGGGCGAUGAGCUCACUCUCAUGGGCCAGGCGGAGAUCCUGUGCGCCAAGACCACCAAAGAGCGCUCCCGCUUCACAACCUUGCUGCGCAAGUUGGGCCGGGCUGGGGCGCUGGCCGGGGUGGGCGGCGGCGGUGGCGGCGGCCCGGGGGGCGCGGGGGCCGCGGGUGGCGGCGGGGGCGCCAGGCCCAUCAAAGGCAAGAUGCCCUGCCUAAUCUGCAUGAACCACCGCACCAACGAAAGCCUGAGCCUACCCUUCCAGUGCCAGGGCCGCUUCAGCACGCGCAGCCCACUGGAGCUGCAGAUGCAGGAGGGCGAGCACACGGUGCGCGCCAUUAUCGAGCGCGUGAGGCUCCCGGUGAACGUGCUGGUGCCCAGCCGGCCACCCCGCAAUCCCUAUGACCUGCACCCGGUGCGGGAGGGCCACUGCUACAAGCUGGUCAGCAUCAUCUCCAAGACAGUGGUGCUGGGGCUGGCGCUGCGCCGCGAGGGCCCGGCGCCGCUGCACUUCCUGCUGCUCACGAACACGCCGCGCUUCGCAUUGCCGCAGGGCCUCCUGGCCGGGGACCCGCGCGUCGAGCGCCUGGUACGCGACAGCGCCUCCUACUGUCGCGAGCGCUUCGACCCCGACGAGUACUCGACCGCAGUGCGCGAGGCGCCAGCUGAGCUGGCCGACGACUGCGCCAGCCCGCGCCGCGCGCGCCUCUGCCUGCCCGCGCCCCCGCGCGCCCUCGUGCCCGCCCGUGCCCCCGGCCCCGGCCCACCGGGCGACGGCGACCAGGAGUACGUGAUCCCCGACUGGGCCGGCGGGCCCGAGCCCGCCGCGCCGCCCGCCGAGAUCCCCUACGAGGAGCUGUGGACGCACCAGGCGGCCGAGGGCCUAGCCGAGAGCAGGACCCGGCCGCUCCCGGGGCCCGAUCUCAUCUCCUUCGGAGCCGCCGGGCCGCCCCGCCUGGAGCCCGAGGCGGCGCCGCCUCCCGUGCCUCCCAAAUCCGAGGCGGUGAAGGAGGAGUGCCGCCUGCUCAACGCCCCUCCUGUGCCCCCACGGGGUGGCAGUGGCCGGCUCUCGGGUAGCCCCCCAGUACCCCCACGCUUCCCGAAGCUGCAGCCUGUCCACUCCCCCAGCUCUAGCCUCUCCUACUACUCCUCUGGCCUCCAGGAUGGGGCGGGGUCCCGAAGUGGCAGUGGCUCUCCAUCACCCGACGCCUACUCCCUCUAUUGCUACCCCUGCACCUGGGGAGACUGCAAGGUGGGCGAGUCCUCCAGCCGUCCACCCCCAGGCCCCCUGCCCUCAACCACGCAGCCCAGCCAGGCCUCCCGGGCCCUUGUGGAGCCCCUGAGUGGUCGAGCUGCCUCCCUCCUGGGGGCCGACACCCCUGCCAAGACCUACCACGGCUGUCCACCUCCAUUCAAGCCCUCCCACCCCCAGAAACGCUUUGCUCCGUUUGGAGCUCUUAACCCCUUUUCUGGGCCUGCCUACCCCACCGGCCCUUCAGCGGCCUCCUCUUCCGGGCCUGCAGCUGCCUCAGGUCCCCUGGCUACCUCCAGCCCCGCCUACUCCCCAGGCCUGAGCUCUCCAGGCCAGGCCUACUCGGCAGCUUCCGCCUCCUCCUGCCCCACCUCCUCCUCGUCCUCCUCUGAGUGGCAGGAACCCUCCCUGGAGCCCUUCGACCCCUUUGAGCUGGGCCCGGGCAGUUCUCCAGAGCCUGAGCUGCUGCGCUGUCAGGAGCCCAGAGCCGUGGGGGCACCUGGGCUGGGCCUCUCGCCACUUGGACCCCCCAAGGCCUUUGAGCCCGAAAGCUUGGUGUUGCGGCAGGGCCCUGCCCCACUGUCACCGGCGGCCCCGCAGGGCCCCGAGGCCGGUGGAGCGCGACUCCUUCUCACCCAGGGGCGCCUCGAAGGGCCUCCUGCCAGUCCCCGGGAUGGGGCCACGGCCUGGGGAGGCCGAGAAGCCGCCUCCUGGCAGCCCCCCGCUGACCUGUCUGCACUCUCCCUGGAGGAGGUCUCUCGAAGUCUGCGUUUCAUCGGGCUCUCAGAGGACGUGGUCAGCUUCUUUGCCCGAGAGCGCAUUGACGGCAGCAUCUUCGUGCAGCUCAGUGAGGACAUCCUGGCAGAUGACUUCCGCCUGACCAAGCUGCAGGUCAAGAAGAUCAUGCAGUUCAUCAAAGGCUGGCGGCCCAAGAUCUGACCUUCCGGCUUGGGGCCGCCUGACUGGAAUUUUGGCCCGGAACCACCCACCCCCACCACGCCCUGGGGGGCCAGCCCUCCCCGAGGUGGGGCCUGCCGCAGGGAGAAUCUCUGCCAGGACUGCGGCUGCUCAGCCGUCACAGAGAGUGAAUCCAGGGGAGGCGCGCUGGGAAACGGGGUCCUCUGGGCCAGACCCCUGCAUGCCUCUUGCCUCUGAGUGUGCAGAGUAGGUGGGGGAGCGGCUGAAGGCACCAGCGAACAGGGUGCCCAGGGCUGUGAUUCCCAUGCGGCAGCUGGAAGCUGGCUUUUGUGGUGACCUAAUAGCUCCCUCCGCUCUGCUCUGGAGCCCCCCUGACAGCUUGCGCUCAGUCCACAGCUUGUAGGUGCAGGCCGGAGACGAGGACGACGGCCCCCCAUUGAAGCACAGAUUCCCCAAGUGCCCGCUGUCCUCUGUGGACUCUGCUCCAAGCUGCCUCAGACGGAGGGCCAAUUUCUGUAUCUCUGGGAUGCCCUCUUUACCCCCUAGCCCCGCCCCCGCCGCCCGCUCCACCAUGCGCUGGGUCCCUGGCCCUGAACACAGGUGCAUCGCGUACAAGCCUGAGCCACCGCGCCGCAGAGCUCCACCUGUGGGCUCUGGUUCUCGGGUGAUGCCUUUGGAAGGCCACAGCCCUGCCCUUGACCCACUUACCUGGUGAGGGAGGCAGUUGCUCCCCCAUGUUUCCAGCACUCUGGCCUCUGCCCCCAUCUGGCUGUAUCUAGCCCUCCAUCCUACCUGUUGCGUCCAGUCCAUGACAACUCUUUCUGUGGAAGGGCAGGUGAUUCUAAGGGCAGCUGCACCCUGAUUUUCGAGGUGGGUGGCUUUCAAUCACUCCCACUGGUCUCCUGCCCCAUCCCUUGACUCCUGCAAACACCUGGUGUCCUUCCCUGGUUUUCUGUCACUGGCGCAGGUGGCUUGGGAAAACCUCCGUUUAUCCUCCUGGAGCUCAGCCCUCCUGCGCUUGUUCACCUGCAUCCGAGCAGAUCUUUGUGCUCUGAAUCCUGAGCAUGGCUAUCUGCCAGCACCCAGAGCAGGUUGGCUGUCAUGUCCAACCACCCAUCCCCCAAGCUCUUCUCUGUCUCACUUACCAGAAGCACACUAAUUCUCCUAGUGUCAGGCCCAGGGGUAUCAGCCUUCUCGUCUGCCUUAUCUAGAUAUUUAUUGCCUGUUUUUCUAUCUUAAGAGUAGAGAAGCCGUGCCAGUGCUCAGGCCCUGAGCAGGCUGUCUCAGCACGGAGGGGAAUCAAAGCAGAGCACAGAGACUGGGAUGCUGAGACGUUGCGUUUCCUUGCUGAUCACUUAGUGAGUCCUUGAGGGCUAGUGAAAUAAAUGCUAGACCACUGAAGAGU